GAGAUGGUUGAAGUAUAAACGACGCCAUGGCCAACGCUUCUGUGGUGUCCUCUAGUGCAGGGGAGAACGUACGUGUGCAUGCUUCGUCGACGACCGCUACGCGGCCGUCAGCGCGUCUUUGCUUGCACCGCGCACGCUGUUUUCAAGCUGUUCUCCGAAUGCUGCAACACGCUGGAGUCUUCCUUAACGCUUCCGAGUGCAGCUUCGGUGGUCUGUUCAGUUAUCUUUUUGCUAGUGAUUGUGAACGCCGACGGUACUGCGCCUGACCCUAAACAAGUUUGCACCCUCCGUCUGACGCGGCCGUGCACGCCGAUUCCUUGCCCACAUCAGGUCGUUCGUCAGCGGUGUUCACCACCAUGGCCACGGCACCAGCCACGUCCCCGACUGCCGCCGUGAUGGCCCCACCUCUGGAUCCCGCACCCCCGAAGGCGGCGGACACCCUGGGGACAGAUGCAGGGCCCCAGGAAGGCGGCGUGGCCGACGUCAACGAUGUGCCGCAGCACAUUGAAGUGAAUGUGCGCUACAUCACUACAGCUCAAGGCACGCUUACAUGCUUGGAGACUUUGGGCGCGGUCGCCGUCAUGGUGCUGUACCUGCUGAUGGCGCAGAGCAUCACGUAUCAGUGGUACGCGCGCGUGGCGUUCCUGUUCGCCUUCACCUACGGCCUCAACAACGUACUCAUCAUCAUCUCUGGUGUGGCGUCACCCUGCACGCAGCUGCACCUUCCGGAAACGCUUUUUUACUCGCUGUAUCACUGCAUGGCCGGCUUGAUGUACGUGAUCGGAGGCGCCAUAUUCCACAACGUGCACAAGCACGACGGUCUCGCUCUGAGGAUCCCUACUGGGGUUGUUCUGACCGGCGUCGGAGUGAUCCAUUGCUUCCACAGUCUUGUCAACUUCAUCAAAUGAACACGAUAUCAUAAACAUACAUUAAUUAGCUCACCACUUACUUUUCAAAAGCAAAGUGAGGUACUUAGCCUGUGAACUCUUUAACGCAGAGCACUCGAAACGCUAUUUCUUUCGUGAAAACACUACGACGAAAUGAAUGAAAUGUACAUUUUCCAUCAUU